GGUGGUUUCCUGUAAUAAUCUGUCUGACUGAUCUGCUGCGGCUCCAACAUCACAGAGCGAGAGCAGCAGGUCAGAGGAUCAGUGAUCGAUACCUGACAGAGGACUGAUUGAUUGAUCGAUUGAUCGGAGGAAGAGGAUGUGGGUGUGGCGCAGCGUCCUGUGUGUGUCUCUGGUCUGCGGUCUGGCUCUGGACUCCAACACCAUCAGAUCCUCCAAAGAGACGACGCAGCAGAGCUCCGAGCUGCAGGAUCGUUCCCAUGGCGACCAGGUGGAGCAUCCUGCACAGCGCCGGACAGAGACGACGUCCAACUCCAACCGAGGACAAACACCUGCGUGUUCUACACCGGACUGUAACGCACCUGCGACGGGAGGCUGCAGUAACAGAGCUCAGAGGAGACCGUCCUCGCAGGACAGACAGGUGGACAGACAAGAGGACAGAGAGGUGGACAGAGAGACGGAUGGACAGAUUAACACGGACGGCUUCAACAGGACAAAAGCUCCAGAGAUGUCGAGCUGCGUGCGCUCAGGCGACUGUGCGGCCGGUCUGUGCUGCGUCCGUUAUCUGACGGGUAAACGGUGUCAGAGGAUCCCGGUGGAGGGUGAGGCCUGUCUGCUGCGAGGCUCCUCCAAGCAGAGGAGGAAGCUGGGACGCUGCGACUGUGACACCGGGCUGUCCUGCACCGCCGAGUCAGGGAAGGCCAAGGGCCAGGGGGUGUGUCGGCCCCGCCAGGGUCAGAGCCAGAGGCAAACAAGGCAUUCUGGGAAGAAGCGGAGGACGGCGGAGACGAGCUGCUGA